GUGGGUCAGUGAACGCAGCAUCACGAGAACACUUUCACUUCCUCCCGCUGAACUUCUGCCAUCCCAGCGGAACCAGCGGGACCGAACCGAGCCCGGCGGGCGCUCGUGACUCACGCAGCUACGGUCAGCCGACACGAUACGGUUGGUUGUGACGCGGCAGCGUUUCACGGAAGCAGCUCCCCGGUAGCUAGGAGUCAGCGUAAAGUUUGUCUGACAGCAGCGCGUCUUCCGAUGUGACGGUUCUGUAAGCAUGGGUCAGGCAGAGGAAGUCAGAGUCUCCUGCCUGAACGCCUUGACCUACCACCGGGAGCUGCUGGUGUCCAUGCUCAGGAGCAUCCAGUGCCUCCUGGACAACCUGUUGGAACAAAGCUUCUUCUGUGAGGAAGACGUGGAGAUAGUUCAGCGUGCGGUCACCAAACCAAACCAGGUGCGCAAAAUCUUGGAGCUCGUCCAGUGCAAAGGGGAGGAAGCAUGUGACUACUUCCUUUACAUCAUUUAUAAAGUGUGUGAUGCUUACGUAGACCUCCAGCCAUGGCUGAAGGAGAUCAACUACAGCCCGAGCAGGCAUGUAGCCGCGCUGAGGGUGGACAACACAGACCCCAUCAGCAGGUACAGCGAGAAGCUGAGAGCUGAGAUGAGCCGAGACACCAGCUUCAUCAUGUCGUACGGGCAGCAGGACGAGACCCGGCUGGAGGACCUCUACACUCACACCGUGAUGGAACUGCUGAACGACUGCAAUGAAAGCCUUGGCUUCAUGGACAGUUUGGACCAAAUCCUGGGAGAGGACGGGGUGUUCAAUCCUCAGGGUGAAAUCUUCUAUGUGAUGGGGGACGCUGGCGUGGGGAAAUCCAUCCUUCUGCAGAAGCUCCAGAACCUCUGGUCUAAGAAGGAGCUGCAGACGGACGCCAUCUUCUUCUUCAAGUUUCGCUGCAGGAUGUUCAGCGUGCUGAAGGACACCGACCGGAUCUCUCUCAGGGACCUGCUGUUCAAGUACAGCUGCUACCCCGAUCACGAUCCUGAUAACGAAGUCUUCGAGUACAUCCUACGCUUCCCUGAAAAGGUUGUUUUUACUUUUGAUGGUUACGAUGAGAUCCAGGAGGAUCUGGAGCAGGUAAACGCUCCUGAAAUGGCUUCACCAGAAGAAAAGGCCACCUCCCUCCAGCUGCUCAACAGCUUGCUCUGUGGGAAACUACUCCAGGGCUCCAAGAAGGUGCUGACCACCCGAAUGGGAAUAGAGAUGCAAAGUCGGGUAAUCAGGAAGAAAGUGGUGCUGCGUGGGUUUUCCCCGGAUCACCUGAAGGCGUAUAUGAGCCUGCACUUUAAGGAGCAGGAGCACCGGGAGCUGGUGUCGGUGCAGCUGGAGGCCAGCCCCCACCUGUGCGGCCUGUGCUCCACUCCGCUCUUCUGCUGGAUUGUGUUCAAGAGCUUUACACACCUGCACACCGUGCACGAUGGUUUCCAUCUGCCGGACACCUGCGUCACGCUAACGGACAUCUUCCUGCUGCUGUCUGAGGUGUUCCUCAGCCGCUUGGCCUCCCCCACGCCUUCUCUGCUGAAGAAAAGCUCUCGCUGCACCUCGGAGACCUUCCAAGCAGGCCUCAGGCCUCUGGCAGCGUUUGCCAAGCUGGCCCUGCAGGGUUUGGAGAGGGGGAGUUUCCUGUGCAGCCUAGAGGAGAUCCGUGAGAGUGGUCUGACGGAGGAGGACAUGGCCCUGGGUUUCCUCAGACCUGCCAGUGACUGUGACUCCAGUGGAGGUUCUGCUACCCUUGAGUUCCUCCACAUCACCCUACAGGCGUUCCUGGCUGCACUAGCUCUGGUGUUGGAUGAGCACGCCCCAGCCAGGUCCAUCCUCAGGUUCUUCAUCGAGUGCAGCAGGAGAAAACCGUCCUGUCUGCCGUUCACCCUCUGCAACGGCAGCUCUGUGAGUCUCGGCCAAAGGAAACCAUUUGAGAAGAACGAGCACCUCCAGUUCGUGAAUCUGUUUGUGUGUGGGCUGCUGUCGAAGGCUCUCGUGGGUCUGAUGGGCCAUCUGGUGUCUCCCGCCGUGUUAAAGAAGAAACGAGCCUUGUUGAAGUCUUACCUGUCCACUAGUGUCAAGUCUCACCUGCAGGGCUUGCCCACCUUUGAGGGAAACGAGGGCAAGAAGGUUCAUGUUUUGCCAAACUUCCUGUGGAUAAUCAGGUGCAUCUACGAGACGGGCAGCGAGCACAUCGCCCGGACGACGGCUAAAGGCAUCACAGCCAGCUUCAUUAAGCUGGGCUACUGCAACGUGUACUCGGGGGACUGCACCGCCAUAAACUUUGUUCUGCAGCACCGCCAGAAGCUGCUGGGCCUGGACAUGGACAACAACAACAUCGGUGACUACGGUGUCAAUCAGCUCCGGCCAUCCAUUAGCAAGAUGACCGUAGUCCGCAACUCUCCUGGAUCCAGAUUGUGUGUGAACAACCUGUCAGACCGCAGCGUGGAGGUGCUGGCAGAGGAGCUGUGCAGGCACAGGGUCAUCAGGGUCCUGGGGCUCUACAACAACAACAUCAGUGACACUGGAGCUCAGCUGGUCGCUCGCGUCAUUGAAGAGUGUCCCAGACUGGAGGUCCUCAAGAUUGGUAAAAACAAAAUCACGAGUGUUGGUGGGCGGUGCCUGGCUGCAGCCGUGCAGAAGAGCACCUCCAUAUUUGACGUGGGGAUGUGGGGAAACAGCAUUGGUGAUGAGGGCGCUGAAGCAUUCGCUGAAGCUCUGAAGAACCACCCGAGGCUCACCAACCUCAGCCUGUCGGCCAACGGCAUCACCUCCAGAGGGGGAGCGUGUCUGGCAGAAGCGCUGCUGCAGAACGGCGUCCUGAGGAUAUUCUGGCUGGUGCAGAACGAGCUGUGUGAUGAAGCAGCUCCACGCCUGGCUGAGCUGGUGCGAGCAGACACCGGCCUAAGCCACCUGUGGUUAAUCAGCAACAGGCUGACGGCAGCAGGGCUCCAGCACUUAGCCGAAGCUCUGGCCGUCAACACCAAACUCAAGGAGAUCUGUGUGAAGGGCAACCUGGUGUCUGAGGAGGAGGAGAAGCUGUUCCUCACAGAGAACCGUCUGCGCUUCCACUGACCCGCGUGUUCCUGCUGGUGGGCUGGAAACAGGAAGUGGAAACCACACAUGCGGGACUUCCCCAAAGCGUUUCUGUGAAGCUGUUGCAUGUUCUAGACGCUGCCGGGUCUCCAGGAGGAUGUGGGUCAUCAGCAGCUGACGUUGUGAUCGUCGUCCUGGAGAAUAAAUCUGUCUGCUGCA